AGACGCGGCACGUCUCAAUGGUAAGAUAUGAUGGCUGUUAGUUGGGCGUACAAGACUAACAACGUAGCUAGUUGACCAAUAUCGUAUCCGGGGAUUCUUACCCUACUUGGUGGUAAAAUUCGAAGUGUAUUUGCAUUUUCUAAUAAUAAUGGUCUUCCCAAUAAAGAAGGAUUUACGACUAACUUCUGGACCUACUAUUGAUUAAUAAACGUAGUACAAGCUGCUCGUAUUCUAUAUCAGCUCGCUCCAACAGGAUGGAAAUGAGACAUAUAUGAGCCUCUUCUGAUCAGUUGAGCUAUCCUGGGCCCGCAUCAUUUGGUAACCCAACCCGAUUUCCUUUACCAAAUUAAAGUCCUUUGCGGAUCCGCGGCAUAGCUACUGCUGAGUGGCGCUUAAUAUUAUAUGUAUGAGCUGUAUCAACAUCCAUGGAGAAAAGGAAAUUUCGUGCUAGGUAGAGAUUCGUUGCUACUGUUACACUUCACUUAGCGGCCAGCGCCACUUACCAUCCAUGUCCGGUGCUCUGACAAAGCAGGCGGGCGACGGUGGUUCUGCCGAAGGCUCCACUAGAUCUAGAGGAACAUCGUAAGAUAAAUGAAACCAUGUGGAAUUAUAUAUGGCAUUGGGAGACGCAGUUGUCGCCGGACUGUUGAUUAUCUCUCGUCCAUUUUAAGCUGUCUCAUCGCAAACCGCUCCGGCUCCUUGGGCACGUGUAACGCCGAUGUCUAGCCUUAGGAAAGCCGUUGUAGCCACCCUAUUGGUUCACGUGUUACACUUCGUCCGCGCCGAGACGAUUCUCGUGAACAAUGUCAUAGUUCCGGCCGAUGAGUCUACGAUUGCCCCUGCGGUGGCCAAGGUUGGCGCCCAGGAAUCGAAUGCAACCGCGGAUCUCUUCGAGGGGGAGACGCUGCAAUUAACCGAUGCGGUCCUAGCCAACCUCACGAAUUUGCAGUUGUCUAAUGUCACAUUAUUCAGCUUCCCAGACAACUCAACCACAACAGAGGCACUGGCUAAGAGGACAUCUCUGGGAGGAUGCAAGACUUACCCAACUGAUCCCUAUUGGCCUUUCCCAACCACCUGGGCUCUCCUCAAUUUCCUCUUGGGAGGAGCUCUAAUCCAGACGGUCCCAUACGCAGCCUCUUGCUAUGAUUCCUUCGGGAAUUAUAAUGCGACAAAAUGUGCCUUCAUUACCAACAAUUGGAUCAAUGCAUCCAUUUACCACACCGAGGACCCUACGUCAGUCAAUGCCGUCCUAUUUCAGGGCGCAACAUGCAUGCCACCGGGUUUUGUGCCCUCCGGGGGGAAUUGCACACUUGGUGGCUACCCUGUGUAUGCAGUUGACGUUCGCAACGUAGCUCAAAUUCAACUCGCACUAAACUUUGCGCGAAAUCUCAACUUGCGCGUAGUAAUCAAGAACACUGGGCAUGACUUCAGCGCGAAGUCAGUCGGGAUGGGAGCAUUAUCUCUCUGGACUCACAACCUUAAACAGAUCCAAUUCUUCCAGAACUAUCGACAAGGUCGUUAUCGCGGUCCAGCCCUUAAGCUUGGUGCCGGUGUCCAAGCUUUUGAGGCAUAUGAGGCAGCUAGGAACAAUAAUGUUACGGUUGUUGGGGGCGAAGGUCGAACUGUCGGCGUUGCGGGUGGUUACAUCCUUGGUGGCGGGCAUUCGCCUCUCUCUAGCAUUUACGGGAUGGGUGCAGACCAGGUCUUAUCGAUGGAAGUUGUUCUGGCUGACGGUCGGUUCGUUACUGCGAGUGAGAACAGCUACCCGGACUUAUUUUGGGCGUUGCGCGGUGGUGGGGGUUCUACUUUUGGCGUAGUUACCUCCGUUGUCGUGAAGGCGUACCCGAAGAUUAAGGUGACUACCAUGACUUAUGCCUUUGCCACAGGACCAACAGUUUCCAUUAAUCAAUUCUGGGACGCUCUGCGUGCAUAUUUCGAGGGUUUCAUCAUCUAUACCGAGGCUGGAAACUAUGAAUAUUUUCGGAUUUCGAAGGUUGCUGAAGGCCAAUAUGCUACCGACAUGGGUCCAUGGUUCGCCCCCAAUAUGACCAAAGCUGAACUUGAGACAUUGGUGGCCCCGCUGCUAGCCCGGUUUAAAGAAAUAGGCGUCGAAGUCAACCCUGUGUACACUGAAUAUGAUGACUAUUACGACGCCUGGUAUGCGAGUUUCCCGGUUGAGCCAUGGGGGAGUAAUGCAAUUCGCCAGGCAAGCCGCCUGUUCCCGAAAGCUAACUGGCAGAACCCCUCAAAAUUGAACGCAACUUUCGACGUCAUUAAGAAUGUGGUAGAGGAGGGCGCAUACAUAGUCGCGUUCAAUAUUGCAGCCGCUCCUAAGACAGGCUAUCCGGACAAUGCUGUGAACCCUGCGUGGAGGACCACGGUUCUGCACGCUAUUAUGGCAACACUCUGGAAUGAGACGAGCACUGAAGCCCAGGCCAAGGCUGCCAGCGACAGGCUUACCUACGGUUGGUCUCAAAGGUGGGCUGACGUAGCAGCCCCAUAUCCGGGCGUUUAUAUGUCAGAGGCCGAUUAUUUGACGAACAGCUUCACGAAAGAGUUUUGGGGUAAUAAUUAUCCAAGGUUAUAUCGUAUCAAACAGCGGUACGACGGGUUCGGGGUUUUCUAUGCUCAUACCGCGGUGGGUUCCGAAGACUGGAAGAUGUCUGAGAUGAUAUUGGGCAAUUUACCUUCGCAGAAUAGCAAAUUAUGUAGAGUAUAGAUUAUUAGAGGGUUCACGCUGCUAAUUUAGAUGGGUAUAUUUCUUUUUUCGUCCCGCUGGGUUACCCAUUCUAGAAAACCGCUGGAGCAUAGAGUUGGGAGGCCGAGGCUAGAAGGGAGGAUAUAAUUAUGAGACAAGACAGUGAUAGAAACGGAGGGUGAGAGACGGAAGAGGCCACUGAUCAGUGAGUAUAUAGAAUGUGCACAAAUGCAAGACAUUGAUUCAUGCUGUCUCAAAUUUGUUGAG